GGUCAGGCGGGGGAAGGACGACUAUUGACAGGUAAAGACGUUGGGGAAAUACUGCCAACGUCCCCUCUACAUGAGCAUUAGAUCAGAUGAACUGGAUAUGUAUCAGCUGUGGAAACUUUGAGUAAGUGGACGUUCAUCUUCCUUCUCCAGAGCGAAUUUCUUCCAGGCUUUAGUUGGUCUGUGGGGCGUGUGUUUUGAGAGGCUAGAUCCAGCGGAGGAAGCUACAAUGUCUAUUCACUUGUAUGAAUUAAGCAGUAAACUGCUCGGGGACACUGUUGGGAAAAUGAGCGACAACCUGACAUCCGUGGUGCUGGCAGCUUCUGUCAUCACUCUUACUCUGGGAUAUAUGUCUAAACUGCUGCUCAAACAGUCCUCUGACAGUGAUCUGAAAUACCCACCUUACAUACCCUCCAGCAUCCCCUUCCUGGGUCAUGCCAUUGCAUUUGGGAAAAGCCCCAUUGAAUUUCUUGAAAAUGCUUAUGAAAAAUACGGCCCUGUGUUCAGUUUCACCAUGGUGGGGAGUACAUUCACCUACCUGCUGGGCAGCGAAGCCGCCACGCUGAUGUUCAACAGCAAGAAUGAGGACCUGAAUGCCGAGGACGUCUACUCCAGACUGACCACUCCAGUGUUUGGCAAAGGCGUAGCCUAUGAUGUGCCGAACCCUAUCUUUUUGGAACAAAAGAAGAUGUUAAAGACCGGACUGAACAUUGCUCAUUUUAAGCAACACGUGAAAAUCAUCGAGGCAGAGACCAUUGAGUAUUUUCAGAGAUGGGGAGACAGCGGGGAGAGAAACCUGUUUGAGGCUCUGUCUGAGCUGAUCAUCCUGACGGCCAGCAGCUGCCUACAUGGGAAAGAGAUCCGCAGCAUGCUGAAUGAGCGAGUGGCCCAGCUCUAUGCCGACCUGGACGGAGGAUUCAGCCACGCUGCCUGGCUCCUGCCCGGCUGGCUGCCCCUGCCCAGCUUCAGGAAAAGGGACAGAGCUCACACAGAGAUCAAGAACAUCUUCUUCAAAGUGAUUCAGAAGCGCAGACAAUCUGGAGAGAAACUGGACGACAUCCUGCAGACCCUCAUCGAUGCCACGUACAAAAACGGACGAGCCCUGAACGAUAACGAGAUCGCGGGGAUGCUGAUUGGUCUCCUGCUGGCGGGUCAGCACACGUCCUCCACCACCAGCGCCUGGAUGGGUUUCUUCCUGGCCAGAGACAGAGCUCUGCAGGAGCGCUGCUACGCCGAGCAGAGGGCUGCAUGUGGAGAAGACCUGCCGCCGCUCGACUUUGAUCAGCUGAAAGAUCUCAGCUUGUUGGAGCGCUGUUUGAAGGAGACCCUGCGUCUCCGCCCGCCCAUCAUGACCAUGAUGAGGAUGGCUCGUUCUCCUCAGACUGCAGCAGGAUACACCAUCCCUGUGGGCCAUCAGGUCUGCGUCUCCCCGACUGUCAACCAGCGUCUGCAGGACACCUGGGCCGAGAGGAUGGAGUUCAACCCUGACCGCUACCUCAACGACAACCCCGCUGCAGGGGAGAAGUUUGCCUACGUGCCGUUUGGAGCCGGCCGUCACCGCUGCAUCGGGGAGAACUUUGCCUACGUCCAGAUCAAAACCAUCUGGUCCACUUUACUGCGCAUGUACGACUUUGAGCUGGUGGACGGAUAUUUCCCCACAAUCAACUACACCACAAUGAUUCACACCCCUCACAACCCAGUCAUCCGAUACAAGAGGAGAAAACAGUGAGAGGCAUGGAGCAAGGACACAAAGUAACAGUCCAACAUCCUGACGGUUUGAAGUGAAGCUGUAACUUCCGGGGACUUACAUUUAGAUGAACGCACUUUGCUCUGCCUGAAUGUCCAACCAUUUAGUUUGUGUGCUUGUUUCAGCCCCCACAUUGAAACAGUAACAGCAAAACAGCACCCACUGUAAAUAGCUGUGAGCCCCUGGUGUCACACUGUCACAAAUCAAUUUCCUUUAAAAUUGCCAAAAGAAUAAUCGUAAAACGAACUAAAUAAGGUCAUGGCAGCAAAUUGCUGCAAUCCACAUUGCCCCACAUUUGAGGAUAUAAACUUUAUUGCGGUCGCCUAAACUUUGAAUCAAGUGUUUUUCUAUAGGUGACCUGAACUAAUUAGGAGCUUUCGUUGAGUUACCAAGCACUGACUCUCUUUAGUGUAAACAGCAAAAUACAAUGGGCCAGAUGUACUAACGCUUUUGCGGCCACUUCAGGCGUAUUUGUUUUGCAACGUGCGCGUAAAAGCAUGGCGAGGUAUGUACAAACCAUACAAACAGGCCGCACUGAGGUAAAAGCGCAGACUGCCUGUCGCUGGGACUGAAAGUGGCAAAUUGCGCUUUUCCUUGUCAUGCAUAUGCUUCAUGGGAGGGUGAAGGGGAAAGUGGGAGUUUCCCAUAAAGAGAUGGGAGGGGAAGCGUAAAGUGCGCCUAAUUAUGUAUUCCGCGGUAUGU